AUGUCUGAUGUAAAUUUGGUGAAGUUCACGAAGAAACUAUUACCUCCAAACGAUGGGAAGAACCUCACACCGUCUGAGCUACAUGACGCCAUUGUCACUAUCAUGAAAUUACUAAAGGGGCUAGGUACUACUGGUGCUGGUGGGGUUCCUGAUGAUGUGGAACAGUUGCCAUUGCUAGUGAAAAUUGCUAGUUUCUUAACAGCUCUAAGAACUAGUGGUUUGGACCAUAAAGCUGCAUACAUUGCUGAGGCUGCCAAGGCAGUCUUAGCGUUCUCACGAUUAGUAGAUUUACCCAUGGUAUCACAAACAAAUGGGAAGAUUAAUAUCCUAGAUAUUGUCGGAACAGGAGGAGAUGGCCAAAACACAUUCAAUGUAUCAACAUCUGCUGCUAUUGUUGCCUCCGGAAUUCCACAUUUAAAGAUAUGUAAACAUGGAGGGAAGGCCUCGACUUCUAAUAGUGGUGCUGGUGACUUGAUAGGUAAACUAGGGUGUGAUAUUGCAAAAGUUACUCCACAAACAGUCCCACAACUAUGGAAUGACAAUGAUUUUUUGUUUUUAUUAGCACCUUACUUCCAUGAUGGAAUGUCUCUAAUGGCACCAUUAAGGAAAUUACUGGGGAUUCCUACAAUCUUCAAUGUUUUGGGUCCUUUAUUACACCCGGUGGAUCACGUUAACAAACGUGUCCUUGGGGUAUACUCUCAUGAUUUAGGAGAAGAGUAUGUCAAGGCUGCUGCCAUGGUAUACCCAGAAAGCGAAAUAUUUGUCGUUUGGGGGAAUAUAGGUUUAGAUGAAGUAUCACCCAUUGGGAAGACUACAGUUUGGCAUUUCAAGAAAGAUAUCGAGUAUCAACAAAACGUUUUCCAAAAAUUCGAUAUUGACUCCUCAAUGUUUGGUCUUCAGGAACAUCAGUUAACAGACUGCCUCUCAUUAGGACCUGCUGAAAAUGCACGUAUACUAAGAGAUGAAAUCCUUUCUGGGAAAUAUAAAUUGGGAGACAACCACCCAAUAUACGACUACAUCCUGAUGAAUACCGCCGUGCUAUACUGUCUGGCAGUUGGCAAUCACGAUUGGAAGACUGGUGUGGAGAUGGCAGAAGCCAGCAUACAGUCCGGUGCAGCAUUACAAUCCUUACAAUGCUUUAUAGACUCAGUACAGAAGUUAUAA